AUGGCCGAUUACGGAAGCAUGCAGCCCAAUCAGGGUACAAGCUGCUCUGGUUUAAGAGAGGCGACAACAAAUGUCACCCGUUUUGAGGAGAUGCCUGGGGAAGUACGCGCAACACUGAACAGCUACGUGCCCUUGGAUGCGGACGACGAGACUGUGAAGCUCCUUUGGGAAACGUUCAGGUACCUUCCAUCAGAUGGUAGAGUUAACCUUGCCAAGGAUAUCGUUCAGGCUGGGGCAGGCAAUCAGUUACACCGGCUUGCCCAGAAUAUCGUUUCAGGCCUUCUCAAACCGAUAAUGAUUGCCGGUAUCAAGAAGGUGGAGAUACCGCGGUUGAGCAGUGAAGAGUCGCUAAAACAUCUUGCCAAUACGGCGGACGAGCACGAGUUGAUGAUACGUGCCCAACAACAGCUACAAGAGGAUGCGCUUCGCAGAGAUGGCGAUAAAUGCGUUGUAUCGGGUCAUUACGACGUUCUAUCAGAGGAGUUAUAUCCCGACCAAAUUACUGCUGACCUGGAAACUGCAUAUAUUGUGCCUUUUGCUCUAUCCAAGUUCAAAGAUGAAUAUGAGAAACAGCGGAUAAUAGCUGUUUGGACGAACAUAUCUCGUUAUUUCCCGAGCGUUCGUUCCCAGCUGAACUUCAAUUAUCAGGACAUUAACUCCAUGGUAAAUGUGAUGACGCUCUCCCUACCUCUUCACACCCAAUUUCGACGAUUCAGUCUUGCACUCGAACAGAUAACAGGCACCAUAAACCAAUAUCGUGUCAAGACCUUCCGUGGUUUUGCAACAGCCCAUCGAGCUGAGCUACCAGCGAGUGGAACUAUCAGCAUGACAGCCCACGAUGGACGCUUCCCGUUGGCUUCACCCAUUUUACUUCAAGUUCACUGUGCCGUUGCGAACAUUCUCCAUGUCACCGGCGAGGGUGCGAAGAUCGCCCGACUGCUACGGGACUAUGAUGCGACUGGUGGCCUCUCUAGCAAGGGUAGUACCAAUAUCUCGCAGCUCUUAUCUGUGACUAAACUUGACUUGGUGCCCCAUGCCCGUCGCUUCGAUGGAAGGAGUCCGACAGACGACUGA